AUGAUANUAAGUGAUGAACCAUAGUAUGUUCAUAGAGGAAUUAUGAUAGACACAGCUAGAAACUUUUUACCUGUAAAAUUAAUUAAGAGAACAAUAGAUGCUUUGGUAAUUAAUAAAUUAAAUGUAUUGCAUUGGCAUAUUACAGAUGAUGAAAGUUUUCCAUUGCUUUUAAGUAAAUAUAGUUAAAUAACUAAUAAUUCUAAAUUUUGGAAGGAUGGGUUUUUUACAAAACAAGAUGUAUAAGAAAUUAUUGAAUAUGCUUCAAUCAGAGCAGUUCAGAUUAUACCUGAAGUAGACACACCAGCACAUGUUCAUUCUUGGGGUAUAUCUCCAGAUUUAUAAUCAAUUGUCAUAACAUGUGAUACGAAUAUCAAACAAUAUGGAUAAUUAGACCCCACUUUAGAUUAAACAUAUGAAGUCUUAACAUCUAUUCUAUAAGAUAUAGAUGAUAUGUUUCAUAAAGUAUAAUUCAUUCAUUUUGGUGGUGAUGAAGCUAGUAUUUAAUGUUUUGAAUAAAAACCAUCAAUUAAAGAAUUCAUGACAUAAAAUGGAAUUUCAAAUUAUUUUGAUCUUUAAGCAUAUUAUAGAAAAAAAUAAAAAGACAUUUGGAAAAAUUAAAUUAAAUCUCAAAAGAAAAUAAUUUAUUGGUAUAAUAAAAAAGAUUAGCUUCCAGCUGAUUAAGAUGACAUCAUUUAAUGGUAGGGUUAAACUAAAGAACUUUAAGACCUAAAACUCAAGACAAAUAAAAUUAUUUUAAGCGAUUAUGAUCCAUUAUCACUGGAUAUUGGUCUAGGAGAUUCUUAUGGUGAUGUAGAUGAUUUUUAUAUGAGUUGGAAAGAUGUUUAUAGUUGGGUUCCGAAGCUACCAGAUGACUAUAAAGGAUAGAUUUUAGGAGCUGAAGCACUCUUGUGGGGAUUUACAAAUAAUCGAAAUACACAUUUUUAAAAAUUAUUCCUAAGAUCGUCAAUUUUAGGGGAUAUGUAUUAAUUUUUUAUCAAACUAGUUUAUGGAAUUCAAAUUCUAAACAAUCUGAAUACUUUUGGUCUUUUACUCAAAGGCUGAGCGAAACGGAAGAUAGAAUGAAUAAAUAUAAAUUUCCUGUGUCCCCAUUUACUAGUGGUUAUUGUAAAAUUUAAACCUAAUUGUGCUUUCCAUAUUUUUAUAAAAUCUAAUAAAACGAUACUGCCAAAAAUUGA